GCCCUAGCAGGUGAGGCCUCCCGUCGCGGAGAUAGCUACCGCUUGUCAACCGCGACGUCGAAAGGGGGACAAGACGGCAGCUUCGUUUGGUUCUGACGUUCAGCCUCUGCGUUGUACUGCAUGCCCACGGUUUCACGAAGCCUUCCACAGCAGCGAUGGACACCAACGGCUCGUUCACCUCAUCUUUUCUUCGUCUGAAUGUAUUCGUUCAAUUCUUUGUCGCUGUCACUGUAAUAUCCCUCUGUACGAGGGUGUUUUCGGGUCACUUGUUCACUGUGGCCAAAAACGGCCGACAACAUGAAAUUGCGCCGCCAACACUGCCACACUGGACCCCGGGACUUCGUCAUGCUCUGCGCAUGGCCUACAGCGCUAAAAGAUUCCUUGCUCAGUCUCUGAACAAGUAUGGUGACGGCACACCUUUCUUCAUUGAUGCUGCCGGUGAAAAGCUGCUCAUUGUGCUCAAUCCAGAACAUGUGAGGAAGAUCCUGCGUUCAUCGAGCGAGCUGGAUGCAAACCCAUUUGUACACGAGAAGAUCUUGGGCCAAUUGAUGGGAAGUCCCCAAUCAGCCAUUGACUACUACAAAUCUCCAGAGAGCACCGUGGAUCACGAUCAAAUGAUGCAAGUCAGACAGCACACAUCUGGCUCUGCGCUGUCUUCACUGGAUGAUAAACUCUUCGACACGCUGAAGCACAAUAUCACAAAAUCAUAUGUUGAGGCAAGUGGCGAUAAAUGGACCGACAUCCCAGAUCUGUAUGCAUUCUUCGAAGACCAAGCCACGCGUGCCGUCGCAGAGACCUUACUCGGCUCCGCCAUCGUCGACAGCUACCCCUCCUUCGCCGAAGACCUAUGGACAUUCAUCGAAAGCACCGAUACCCUCCUCCUAGGCCUGCCGCGGUUUAUGGCAUCAGAAGCCUACGGCGCACGAGACCGCCUACUAUCGCACUUCAAAACCUGGGGCAGACAAGCUGACGAGUUGCGCAAACAAGACAAAGUCAAUACCCAAUGGGACCCCAUCGCCGGCUCAACACUCAUGCAAGAGCGCGAAAAAUUGUACUCCUCUCUCCCCGGCCACGGUGAAGACGGCCGAGCAGCCCAGACCCUUGGCCUCCUCUACGCAGGAACAAGUCUCAUGGUCCCCGUGACAUUCUGGUUUUUCUACGAAACCCUGCGCAACCCAUCACUCCGCACCCGCGUAUACUCUGAACUCACUUCGCACCGCGACCUCACGACUUCAAAAUACGACUUCGCACAGUUGAGCGCUACACCCUUCCUGCAAUCUCUCUAUGCAGAAUCCGCCCGCAAAUACAGCGCCAGCCUCGUCGCACGCCAAGUCAUCUCCCCUGUUUUCGCUCUUGACGAUCGUUACAUCGUCAAGCAAGGCACUACAGUCCUGAUCCCCAGUAAAUUCGCCGGCCAGUACACUGCAGCAUGGGCGUCCGUGCGCCCCGCACUCGUCUCCAAACCUUUAAGUGAAUUCUGGGCCGAGCGAUUCUUGGUCACCGGUACUGCAGGGAAGGAGCGCUUCAGCGACGCAGGGUUGGCAGGGAACUGGACGAGUUUCGGGGGUGGCGAGCAUAAGUGUCCUGGAAGGUUCUUUGCAAGGGAUAUUGGGAUUGUGGCGUUGGCGAUUCUGUUUGGGGAGUUUGAGGUCGAGAUGGUGGAUCCGGAGGGUGCGAGGAAGUUGGAUCCUGUGAGCAGGAGGGAGGCGUUUGGGACGAUGAGGCCGGGUGGGAAGGUCGCUGCGCGGAUACGCAGGAGACACGAGUGAGAAAGCCAGUGUACUUUGAGCUUAUUGGAUUGAUCUAACA